AUGGCCAACAACCGGCUCCCAAAUCCUAAUCGAUAUAUCACCGAUAACGAUGUAGAUGGCAACUCCUUCUUUUCUACCGACUUUCCUGUAUCCUUGGAAGUAGGCACGGAGCUUGGUGGCGGGCUCCAGAGGCUGGGCUACCAGACCGAGCGAUCACCCGUCUCGCUCGGCAGCAAAAACGAUCUCGACCACUACAAAACCGCCUUGCAGACCCCGGUCCCACUCGUCUCGCCAGGCGGCGGUGCUAACGUGUGGUAUAACGACAUUCCUCCCGGUGGCGAAGGCCCGAUGCACCGCACCGUGAGCCUCGACAUUAUUAUCCUGCUCAUCGGCGAAGUCGAGCUCACCUUGUCUAACGACGAGGCCCGUACGAUCAAGGCGGGCGAUAUGGUGAUCCAACGAUCCACGUUGCACCAGUGGCGUAACCCAAGCAAGACGCAAUGGGCACGGAUGGUAGGGAUCAUUUCGGAAUGUCGGCCUUAA